AAGAGAGACUUACAGAAAUGGCGUACUACAAUGAAGAAGAAGCAUGGAAAUGUCCAAAACACCCUUCGAAGAAACGGCGAACUACUACCGGAGUUUGUUCAAUUUGUCUCCGGGAUCGACUUUCCGAACUUUGCCCUAUCUGUGCUAAAGUGCGCCCUUGCUCCUCUAACUGCGCCGCAUCUACGACGUCGUUGUCUUCAUCCUCCGGCAAAAUCAACGGCGAGGAACCGGAGUUCUGUAGAUCAAAAUCUGUAGGAAUUCCGUUUUUGAAAUCACGAAAUGUUAAUUCUAGCAGCCGGAGGAACCAGACGGAGAGUGAGAAGUGUUGCAAAAUCGGAGACGGCGGCGAGAUGGAGUUAUGUAGAUCGAAAUCCGUCGGGAUUCCGUUUCUGAAAUCGCGAAAUGUUGAUUCCGGUGACCGAAGAAAGACGACGGAGAAUGAGAAGAGUAACAAAACCGGCGAAGAAGACGGCAGCAGCGAGACGGAGUUAUGUAGAUCAAAAUCCGUCGGAAUUCCGUUUCUAAAAUCGCGAAAUGUUGAUUCCGGUGAUCGGAGAAGGAAGACGGAGAGUGAGAAAAGUAACAAAACGGCAUCGUUCUGGUGGAUGUUUAAGUUAAGGAAGAGAGGGAAAGAGAACGAAUCGGAAUCGAAAGCAUACUACUGCAAUGAUACGAGGAUUAAGGAAUUCGCGAUAACGACGGUGAUGAGAUCGAGAUCGGUGAAUGUGGCGGUGACGUCAGUAUCCGGCGGAAAUGAUGUAAAUUGCUCGCCGGAGAAGUUGAAGGGAUGGUAUUUGGUAAGUCCGAUGAAGGUUUUCCGGCAAUCGUCUAGAGCUCCGAAAUUGGUUAGUUAAAAGAACCGUGGCUAAUUGUAUAGAGGUAAAAAUAUUUAUACGAAAAAAUAAUUCGAUAUUUAUGUUAAUGAUUCACAAGCUAAUUCAAACACCAAAUCAUGAUUAUCAAAAAAGGAAAUUGUAUGACAAUUGAGUUCAUACAUUUAAAUUUUAGUGAAGGUAAAAAUAUAUAUGUUUAGUAUUCAAACUUUGAUAAUCAGAGUUAUUCAAUAUUUAUACUAAUGAAAGAUAGUAUAAUUAUUAUCUUCUA